UACAGGUCCAGUCUGCCCCAUCUUGAAGAUAACAUUUCAUCCAGUAUGACGAAUUCACGAUUUAAUUCAUUCACGGGAUAUCAGACACUGACUGAAAGAGAAGAAAGUUUCAAGGUUUUGUUCAGGCUCUAUAUUUCAUGAAGUUUUUGAAAAUUAUACAAAGGAAACUACAAUGGUCCACUGUGGGUUCUACAAUGAAAAUGGUGGGUUCAGAGUUUCUGAUGUAGAUGAAGAUUACAUGAAAUCCUGCAGAGUUGUUGUAGCUACUUGUGCAUUUGGUGGAGGGGAUGACCUUCACCAGCCUAUAGGGAUGACAGAAGUGUCUGUGAAAAAGGUAUGCUAUGUUGCAUUCUGGGAUGAAGUCACGCGCUCAGCUCAACAGGAGGAAGGUAACAAAAUUGGUGAGAAUCUCAUGAUUGGCCUUUGGAGGAUCAUUCUUGUAAGAGAUCUUCCUUUCACAGAUCAACGGCUGAAUGGGAAAAUUCCCAAGCUGAUAAGUCAUCGCCUGUUUCCUAUGGCAAGAUACUCGAUUUGGGUAGAUUCGAAAUCUCAGUUCCGGAGAGAUCCGCUGGGAGUAAUUGAAGCUCUUCUAUGGCGUUCAAACUCUUCAUUAGCGUUAUCGGAACAUGGAGCUAGGAGUAGCUUGUAUGAUGAGGGUAAAGCAAUUGUUAAGAAACACAAAGCAACUCCAGAAGAAGUGAAAAUACAGUUGGAUCAGUACCGACAAGAUGGCAUCCCAGAUGACAAACGAUUCAACGGAAAGAAAGCUCUCGCGGAAGCUUCAGUUAUUGUGAGGGAUCACGCUCCCUUGACCAACCUCUUCAUGUGCCUGUGGUUCAACGAGGUGGUUCGGUUCACCUCCCGCGAUCAGCUGAGCUUCCCCUACGUCCUGAGGCGUCUGAGGCUCCCCGGCGUCCACCUGUUCCCGGUGUGUGCCCGCAAGGAUCUGGUUAACAGCUUCGGCCACAGGCGCAAGGUGAAGCCGCUUGCCAAGGACGGGAGAUGAGGUUCUGAAUGUGCUGAUCUGGCUGUGUUGUCUUGACUGGAAUUUUGUCAUUUUGACAAUGCAGAACCUCAAUCUGCUUCGGCAGCACAAGCAGCAUGUAUAGUGUCAUUGUAGUUCCUUUUUCUUCUCAUCGAUUUGUCGUGUGGAUCCUGACGUAGCGUGAGGAGUGUGAUCGUUCAUACUCCCUCUAUUUCAUAUCGUAAGACGUUUUGGCAAAGCAAAUUAGUUUGCCAAAACGUCUUGUAAUAUGGAGCAGAGUGAUAGUUCUUAGCCGGUGGUAGUGCAGUUCAGGAGUACAGAGGAGGAGAAUGGCUUUUGCCCGAUGUCGUUCAAGGCAAAUAUAGAUCGUCAAUUUGCCUUCUUUGUAAAAGAAAAAAUCAAAGAAUUUUGAGUAAUCCCUAA